UUUCACUCUUGAACUAAAACUUCUUUGUAUAUAAAUUAUUCUCUAGUCCCUCUCAGAUUUUAUUUAUUUCCAAACAAAAAUUAGGCAGAGAGUAAAGAAAAAGUUUCAUCCUAAAGGAGAACAAUGAUGAUAGAGAAAAAGGAAUUAUGCAUGGUGAUUGUGUUAGUAAUAAAUUUUUUAAUAUUGAGCGCUGAAGGUGUGCGAGAGAUGCCAUAUAUAUCAGCUGUGGGAGACCCGGGAAUGAAAAGAGAUGGGUUGAGAGUGGCAUUUGAAGGUUGGAACCAAUGCAAUGAAGUUGGUGAAGAAACUCCUGGUAUGGGCAGCCCAAGAGCUGCAGAUUGCUUUGAUCUCUGGACUAAGCAAAACCCAAUUAAAAAAGAAUACUUGUUAAAACACAAGGUAUCGGAAAAAGAUAACAAGCUUGGGGUGGGUAUGCCAUUCCCUGGUGUUGGUUCAGCAAUGAACAACACAGACCUAUACGCAGCGAAGAAAGAAUUAUACCUUGGUUCUUUGUGUGAAGUUCCAGAUUUUCCAAGACCAUGGAAUUUUUGGAUGGUUAUGCUUAAAAAUGGAAACUACGAUACAGAAUCAGGGUUGUGCCCAGAAAAUGGGAAAAAGACAGGACCAUUUAGGCCAGGUAGGUUUCCUUGUUUUGGAAAGGGAUGUAUGAAUCAACCCAUUUUGAAUCAUCAGCAAACAGAGUUGUUAAGUGAUGAUACAAUGAGAGGAUGGUUUAAUGGAAGUUAUGAAUUGGAUGCUAAGAUUGGAGAUAAGUUUGAUAAUAUCUCAUUUUAUCAAGUAAUUUGGGAGAAGAAAAUUGGAACUGGGAGUUGGGUGUUUAAGCAUAAGCUCAAAACUUCAGCAAAAUACCCUUGGUUGAUGUUAUACCUUAGAGCUGAUGCAACUAGAGGAUUUUCUGGAGGUUACCAUUAUAUGACGCGGGGAAUGCUCAAAACUCUUCCGGAGUCACCCAAUUUCAGAGUUAGAUUGACUUUGGAUAUUAAACAUGGAGGAGGACCCAAGAGCCAAUUCUACUUGCUAGAUAUGGGCAGCUGUUGGAAGAACAAUGGAGCUCCCUGUGACGGAGAUGUACUCACAGAUGUAACCAGAUACAGCGAGAUGAUCAUCAAUCCAGAUGUUACAUCUUGGUGCAGCCCAGAAGAAUUGCAAAACUGCCCACCGUACCAUAUUACUCCAGACAACAAAAAGAUUCUCAGGAAUGAUACAAAAAACUUCCCUUAUGGAGCUUAUCAUUACUAUUGUGCUCCUGGAAAUGCAAAAUACUUGGAGCAACCUGUAAGUACUUGUGAUCCUUACAGCAAUCCUCAGGGACAAGAAAUAGUUCAGUUGUUGCCUCACCCAGUAUGGGCUGAAUAUGGCUACCCAACCAAAAAAGGGGAUGGUUGGGUUGGUGAUCCAAGGACUUGGGAGCUUGAUGUUGGUGGUUUAGCCAGUAGACUUCACUUUUAUCAGGAUCCAGGUACCCCUCCUGCUAGAAGAAUCUGGACAUCCAUUGAUUCGGGUACUGAAAUUUUUGUGAGUGAUCAAGAGGAAGUUGCAGAAUGGACUCUUUCAGACUUGAUGUUAUUCUCACAUAAUCUGCCCCAUCCCACCUUCCUAUCUUUAUUUAUUUUUGGUUCAUGUUUUAUGGUGCAUAGGAACUAAAGUAUUCAUUGCUAGCAAGA